CGAACGCCCACGGAAUCGCCUCCACCCAUCGUUGUCCCCAGACACGGCCGUUCCGAUGGCCGAAGAGGCGAUUUUUGAGUUUCUACAUUCCGAAAUAGUGAAUUACACGCUAAACAAAGAAAAUGGCAAGGAAAAGGAUCUUUCCACGCUUGAGUUUAUGGGCUACACGACGGGCUAUCGGAUCAUUGAACGGCUGACGCGCGAAUGGCCCCGGUUUAAGGACGAGCUGGAUACGAUGAAGUUCAUCUGCACCGACUUCUGGAGCUCCAUCUACCGCAAGCAGAUCGAUAAUCUGCGCACGAACCACCAGGGAGUGUACGUGCUGCAGGACAACGCUUUCCGGUUUUUGACGCGAUUAUCGGCCGGUUCGCAGUACCUGGAGCAUGCACCAAAGUUUGUGGCGUAUACCUGUGGGUUGGUGCGCGGCAGUCUGGCCAAUCUCGGUAUCACGAGUACGGUAACGGCCGAAGUACAGACGAUGCCCUCAUGCAAAUUUCAUAUACAAGUAAACCGAACUUGAAUGCAUUGCGCGAUGUUUGAGAGAAUGGAUAAAAAUAAAGAGAAUAAUGAAAUCAAG